AUGCCGGCCGAGAGGCGUUCCUUGAGAUCAAACAGCAAGUCGGAUAGCUCUUCAUCUGCUAACGGUGAAAAGGCACGCUCGGCUUCUCAAAACUCAAGCUCCAAUAAAGACAAGGUCGCGCCCACCCGCGCGACUGCCAGUAAGACCAAAGGCACAAGAGCCGCUUCUUCCAACAACACUUCGAACUCCGGCAUGGGUGAACAGCGGGAUCAGCCACGCACCAACGGCUCGGAGCCGACGGAAAAUGGUUUGAAUGGCUCUGAGGAUGUUGAGAUGGGAGAGGAUACGGCAGGUGCGCCUACAUCCUCAUUCAACGCCAAUAAGGAUCGGAAAGGUGACGAGAAGAUGACUGUUGUAGUGCCCCCUACCAAGGGUUCGAGGUUAUCCGGCGAUAAAGGUCAGGACCAGGAAGGUGAUGUCGCAAUGGAAGGUGCGGAGGGCGAUGAGUCCCAGAAGCCCGAGCCCGAGGUUGAUCCUAGAGCCAAGGCCAUCCAAGACAUCAAGACCAACUUUACCCUUCUCGAGCGAGCCGUCGCCCAUUUCGACCCCAGAUUUACCCUCCGUGUCUUGCGGUCGAUAUCCUCGAUGCGCAAGCAUAUUACAUCUGAUGUGCUGGCAGAAGUCCUUGUCGAGAGCUAUCCCCCCUCGAGUCCGACUGCAUCCUUCUUACUUGAAGCUAUCGGUGAAGCCGGUGCUUUUGAGAACGCGGUUGCUAGUUCCAAGAUGGAUGUCGAAUCGGAGAAGACCAAGUCGAAUUCCAAAGAGAUUUUGCCAGAGAUCGAUACUUAUCUGUCUAUACUUGUUCAGAUCUACCUUUACGACAACAAGGAGAUUCAGCGAGGUGCGAAGUUUUCAACGAGCUUAAUCGAGCGUCUGCGGACCAUCAACCGCCGCACUCUCGAUUCCCUCGCCGCUCGCGUAUAUUUUUAUUACUCCCUCUUCUUUGAGCAGAUUGCUCCUCUCCCCCCGUCUCCUGCAGCCACGGUUACCACGAUUCGCCAGCCAUUGCUUGCAGCUCUCAGGACGGCCGUGCUUCGCAAGGAUGUUGACACCCAAGCUACCGUUAUGACAUUGCUCCUGCGCAACUACCUGUCCACGUCCCAUAUCUCACAAGCAGAUCUACUCAUCUCGCACAACCAUUUCCCGCAGUCCGCAUCGAACAAUCAAAUUGCCCGUGCGCGUGGGUUCUACCAGGCCUCUCAUAAGUUGCUCGUGGUGGUGGAGCUUCUUAUGGGAGACAUCCCCGACCGUGCGAUCUUCCGUCAGCCUGCUCUGGAACGUGCCAUGCACCCUUACUUCUUGCUUGUCCAAGCCGUAAGUGUAGGUGACCUGGAUGGCUUUUUGAGCAUCGUAAAUACGCACAGUACGACAUUCCGCAAGGAUGGCACGUACACCCUCAUUCUGCGCUUGAGGCAAAAUGUUAUCAAGACCGGAAUCCGGAUGAUGUCGUUAUCUUAUUCUCGAAUCUCCCUGCGGGACAUUUGUCUCCGCCUGGGUCUGGAUAGUGAGGAAUCAGCAGAGUACAUCGUCGCUAAGGCGAUCCGGGACGGUGUGAUCGAGGCGACUCUGGACCAUGAGCGAGGAUUUAUGAAGAGUAAGGAAGUUGGAGAUAUCUAUGCGACUAGGGAACCUGGCGAGGCUUUCCACGAGCGCAUCAGAGCUUGCCUGAGUCUCCACGACGAGAGCGUCAAGGCUAUGAGAUUUCCCAUGAACCAGCACCGCCUGGAACUGAAGAGUGCACAGGAGGCCCGGGAACGCGAACGGGAGCUGGCCAAGGAGAUCCAGGAUGGCCGCUGUAUCUGCUUUCAGCGAUCCGUUCCGGCCCGAGCCAAACUCCGUCGGCAGCAGCUCUCAACUGAAAUCUUUGGCCGGCUGAUAUUUGCGGACUUCCUUAACUACGCAGCCUCUCACCCCAACAAGCUGCGCCCUGCUUCGACCUACGCUCUUUCCAGCUUCCAUUCCCCAUUUCGUCUGUUGAGCAUGAAGGCUCGAGCGGUCCCGGCCUCUGGUCUCGUCCUUCCAUCACGAGUCACGCCUUCGACAUCAAUAUGCUGGCAAUGCCUCCGCAAUGACCUUAUUUCGAUCCAAAUAAAUUCGCAGACGCGAGCAUACCAUCCUACCCGCCGGAAAUCUGCUUCUCCGUUUGGCGCCGCCGUCACUGCCGCCCAGACUCUCUUCAAAGGGCUUCCAAAAGCUCCUCCAGGGAUUUCAGUGGAUCCCUUGAGGAUUGUGGGCAAGGAGCUCAAAUUUUUGACGAAGAACAUUCGCCAAUUGCUGGGAUCAGGCCACCCUACGCUGGAUAAGGUGGCCAAAUAUUACACCAAGAGCGAGGGCAAGCACAUGCGUCCGCUUUUGGUGUUGCUUAUGUCCCAAGCAACUGCGCUGACUCCUCGGCACGGUCGAUGGAGCUCUACACCGUCCUAUACUGUGAACGAUCCUAUCAGCUCCCCGUCCGUCCUUGCGGAUACCAACCCUGAUUUAAACCCACUUGUAUCGGCUUCCGUGGAAGGCAAAUACGACUUCUCUGGCGACGAAAAUAUCCUGCCCACUCAACGACGACUCGCCGAAAUCACAGAACUCAUUCAUACCGCAUCGUUAUUGCACGAUGAUGUCAUCGAUAAUGCUGUUACUCGCCGGUCAUCCAGCUCCGCUAAUCUGCAAUUCGGAAACAAGAUGGCCGUGCUAGCGGGUGACUUUCUGUUGGGGCGUGCAUCCGUUGCUCUGGCACGUCUGAGGGACCCUGAAGUCACCGAGCUCCUGGCAACCGUCAUUGCUAAUUUAGUGGAGGGGGAGUUUAUGCAACUGAAGAAUACCGCCUCUGACGAAAAGAAUCCUGUCUUUACGGAUGAGACCAUCUCUUACUACCUGCAGAAAACAUAUCUUAAGACAGCCAGCUUGAUAAGUAAAUCGUGCCGUGCGGCUGCGCUGCUUGGUGAUAGCACCCCUCAGGUCGUCGAAGCUGCGUAUGCCUAUGGGCGCAACCUGGGACUGGCGUUUCAGCUAGUGGAUGACAUGCUGGACUACACCGUUAGUGAUGCUGAGUUGGGCAAGCCAUCAGGAGCGGACUUGGAGCUGGGUCUGGCGACUGCCCCGCUUCUGUUCGCUUGGAAGCAGAACCCUGAGCUGGGACCGCUAGUUGGCCGGAAGUUCAGUCAGGAAGGCGAUGUUCAACGGGCCCGUGACCUUGUUUAUCAAAGUAACGGUGUCGAAAAGACUCGUGAUUUAGCUCAGGAGUAUGCUGAUAAGGCCAAGGCCGCUAUUAGCAGCUUCCCGGACAGCGAAGCCAAAGAUGGCCUCCUUCAAAUGUGUGAGAAGACGAUGAAUCGGAGGAAUUCUACUGGUCAAGGCUUGGUCUGGUUCGGUGCCUCCACAGCUUCUCCGUUUCCGUCAUAUCCUCAUGAUGGACCUUUCGAUGUUACUAUUUUGAUUGACCGGCUCCUAAUGGGUUCCCUCGGCAGCUUCCUCUUUGUAUACAUCCUCGGCGGACUGACUUUCAUUCCACUGGUCCUGUCGUUAGUCCUUCUGCAUGCUUAUUUUACCCUCCCGUCGCCUCCGCCAGUCGAGCACAGAUGCGAACUGGCCAAGGAUCCUCUGCGGCGCCCCGGGGACGACCAAUACAGCCUGAAAUCCGGCACGGAUGAGCUAGCAGAAAAGUUCCAUCGUACGCACGAGUCGGAUGUUGCGGCUGGCUAUUUUGCCGUAUGUCGCGAAUAUGUGCCCGGUGGAGUCAAUGGAAAACCACCCGAGAGAACCACGCCGGCGGGCGAGGUGAUCGCCGCGGAGAGCCCAAGCGUCUACCAGACGAUGUAUAGAAGCUUGUUUGAUCGGAAGCAAACGCCAACGAUUGAGCCAGCCAAGAAUAAUGGGAAAAGCGGCAAGAGGGCACGCAAUGUAUUUUAUAUUGUCCUGCGACAUGGUCAUUUGAUGCUUUACGACGAUGCUAACCAGGUUGAGGUGCGAUAUGUUAUCUCCCUCGCGCACCAUGACGUAAAUAUCUGUGGUGGUGAAGGGGAAAUCCAGGAAGGCGAGCUGUGGCUGAAGAGAAAUGCUAUCUGUCUUUCACGACGACUGGAGUCUCUCGCAGAUUUAGGGGGACCAACGCCCCCAUUCUUUCUUUUCUCGGAAAAUCUGUCCGAAAAGGAAGACUUCUAUUUUGCUAUGCUCCAGAACCAAUCCAGGAUGCGGAACUCGCCCGACUCCCCUCCCAAGCAUCAGCCUUUCGAUGUUAAGCAUAUCGUCACCCUUGUUCAACGAUUGCAUUCAUCCGAAGAACAGCUGCAGACGCGGUGGAUCAAUGCGGUCCUUGGGAGGUUGUUUCUUGCCAUGUAUAGAACGCCGGAGAUGGAGGAAUUUAUCCGAAAAAAGAUCACCAAGAAAAUCUCUCGGGUUAACAAGCCGAACUUCAUCAGUAAAAUUGGCCUACAAAGGAUUGAUAUGGGCGAAGGGGCACCAUUUAUCAUCAACCCAAGGCUCAAAGAUCUAACUGUUGACGGGAAUUGCUGUGUAGAGACAGACGUUCAGUAUACUGGCAACUUUCGAGUGGAGAUUUCGGCCACAGUGCGCAUUGACCUUGGACCUCGUUUCAAGGCUAGGGAAGUAGACAUUGUUCUUGCUGUGGUGUUGAAAAAACUCCAUGGCCAUCUGUUGAUACGGUUCAAGCCUCCUCCGAGCAAUCGAGCCUGGAUCUCCUUCGAAACGAUGCCAAGCAUGGACAUGGAUAUUCAACCCAUUGUCAGUUCAAAGCAGAUCACAUACGGUAUUAUCCUACGCACUAUUGAAAGUCGGAUAAGAGAGGUUGUCGCAGAAAGCGUGGUUCAGCCAUUUUGGGAUGAUAUCCCCUUCUUAGACACCGCCACCCAGCGUUUCCGUGGAGGAAUCUGGCAACGAGAAAUCCCGACGCCGGAUACGAAGGUCGACAUACCAGACGAAAGUGGUGCUCAACCCCAGACAACAGGAGCGGAGAAAGGAGAUUUUGUUGAUAUGCUAAAAACGAAAGACGAACGUACAAUGAGCGCGCCUGUGCUUUCUGAGUCUAUACCUAUCACGAUGAAAUCACGCAAGGGCUCGAAAGGAGAGCUCGAAAGGAAUAACUCAAGCGCGUCAUACACUGCUAGUGAGAAAUUCGGCAGUUCACCACCGCGGGCCAUUCGAUCCCAGACGUUCUCCAACGCUGCUGACCCCGUGCUUACAGCAGAUAAUGCAAAGAUCGACAAAGUCGUGUAUGACGGCAAAGACGCGGAAAAGAGCAGUGCUGCUAGUGCCAUGAUUGAAAUAUCAAACCGCUCUCCACCCGGGUCACCGAACAGAUCACCCAAUGGCUCGCCGCCUACCGACAGUCAUAUGCCCCAAGACAAUGCGUCUCAGAGCCGAGAUCCAUCCAUAGUAGAUUCUAUUGAGAGUGUUGGGGAAUUUAGCACCGACUCUUCUGUUCGCCCUUCUGCUGUUCAUAAAACGAGUAGUUCGUCUCUUCGAAGUAUGGCUGCCAGUUCCACCGCCUCACUGAAUGGCAACAAACCCAGACGAAGCACACUCGAAACUCUGGCACGUUCAGUGACUUCUUCCACUGCCGCGGAAAAGUCUCAGGUCUCUCUCUCAUUGGGCACAGCAACUUCUGUUGCGAAGAGAUGGGGCUGGAAUAUGUUCGGAAAGGGGGAGCAUAGCGUUACUCACGAGUCGUCCCGACCUGCAGGUACACCAGAGGAGCCGAUAGGCCGAGGACAUCCUCUUCCGCCCCCAGGCACCCCAUUGCCACGCCCCGAAUCGUUUGCUUUCAAGAGGAACACUGUUCCUGUAACCAAACGGAAACCUGUCCCGCAUAAUGCGUCUCCUGAGCUGCAGCCCAAAGGAGACGACAAGAGGCGUGUCUCAAAACCACCUCUGCCCAGAAGAAAGCCUAUCUUCAGCUCAGGGGACUCGGAGAAUCUUCCGGAUGAGCUACUGGUUGUCGAAGCCCCUUACGACUCAGGCCCAAAUAGUCCGGUCGUUGAUGUCGCCCCGGACAAAGCUUUGCCGGGGCCCAGUACACAGCGGGACUCACCCCCGUCCAAUGUGGUUACGAAAAGGUCUAGUGAUCUUUGGGAGAAAGCAAAUGGACAUGACCGAUCCUCCCUGGUCGAGGGAACCGAGGCUGACAAACACGGAAUGGCAAUCUUAUCAGCAACCGACGGCAUUAUUCCGUGA